AGCAAUUUUGCCUUUAUAAAAUCGAUAAGGUAAUGGUCCUCCAAACACACAUAUCUGCAUAAGGUAUGGCAUCGAGGCCAGGAAUUCUCACUGACUGGCCAUGGAAGUCUCUAGGCGACUUCAAGUAUGUGAUUCUGGCACCAUGGGUGGUUCAUAGCAUAUACUCGUUCGUGGUGAAAGAAGAAAAGGAGAGGGACCUCACCAGUGUUCUGAUAUUCCCAUCGAUUCUAUUGAGACUACUGCAUAACCAGAUAUGGAUCUCUGUUUCUCGUUACCAAACUGCAAAAGGGAAGAAAAGGGUGGUUGAUAAGUGCAUUGAGUUCGACCAAGUUGACAGAGAAAGAGAUUGGGAUGACCAGGUGUUAUUGUACGGAAUAAUAACGUACAGCAUAAACAUGGGAGUUGCAGGGGCAUCAAACAUGCCAAUAUGGAGAACAGAUGGAGUGGUUUUAACAAUGAUAUUACAUGCUGGUCCUGUGGAGUUUCUUUAUUACUGGUUACACAGAGCUCUUCACCACCAUUACCUCUAUUCUCGCUAUCACUCCCAUCACCAUUCCUCUAUUGUCACUCAGCCCAUUUCCUCUGUAAUUCAUCCGUUCGCUGAGAUUCUGGCAUAUUACCUCCUAUUCUUAAUCCCAAUAUUAGCUUCCAUAUUUAGUGGAACAGCCUCUGUCGCAUCUGCUGUCGGUUAUAUAUUUUACAUUGAUUUUAUGAACAACUUGGGACAUUGCAACUUUGAGAUCAUUCCAAAAUCUCUAUUCUCUUUCUGUCCUCCUCUUAAAUACCUCAUGUAUACUCCCUCAUUCCACUCACUCCAUCACACCCAAUUUCGAACUAAUUACUCGCUCUUCAUGCCCUUUUAUGACUACAUCUAUGGUACUAUGGACAAAUGCUGUGACCAACUCCACGAGGCUUCCCUUGCAAAACCUCAGGACUCGCCUGCUCUUGUUCAUUUAACGCACUUCACAACCCCCGACUCCAUUUAUCACCUGCGACUAGGAUUUGCUUCCCUGGCAUCCAGGCCCUCGUCUUCUUCCGCAUCCAGUUUUCUUUGGAUUUUCUACCCACUCACUUACUUGUUCAUGGUUUUUGCAUGCUUCUUUGGCCGUUCAUUUGUCGCGGAGAGGAACUCCUUCAAAAACCUUGUAUCACAAACUUGGAUCAUACCCAGAUUCAGAAAACAUUACCUGCUAGAAUCGGAAACCACUGCUAUCAAUGAUUUGAUCGAAGAAGCUAUAGCAGAAGCGGAAGCAAGGGGCAGUAAGGUGUUGAGCUUAGGGCUUCUGAAUCAGGGAGAAGAGCUGAACAGAAAUGGGCAGAUUUAUAUAGAAAAACACCCGCAGCUAAAAGUAAAGUUGGUUGAUGGAAGCAGCUUAGCUGCAGCAGUGGUGAUCAAUAGCAUCCCAAAAGGAACAAUGCAAGUGCUCUUGAAUGGCAAGUUCAACAAGGUGGCAAAGGCCAUUGCCUCAGCUUUAUGCCUUAGGGGCACCCAGAUUGUGGUGUUAGAUGAAGAGGGAUACGGAAAGGUAGGACUGCAAAAUGAAAAGGUGAUGGUAAGCAAAAGUUAUGAUCAAAAGAUAUGGUUGGUUGGAGAUGAAAUAAGUGAGAAAGAACAGUUACAGGCUCCUAAAGGGACACUAUUUAUACCCUUCACACAAUUUCCUAUAAGACGAAUACGCAAAGAUUGCUUCUAUCAAAUCACCCCAGCAAUGCUAUCACCGGAUUCUCUGCACAACUUGGACUCUUGUGAGAAUUGGCUGCCAAGAAGAGCAAUGAGUGCAUGGCGGAUAGCUGGGAUAAUUCACGCUUUGGAAGAAUGGAAGGUGAAUGAGUGCGGUGAGAGCAUCUUCAGCAUCCACAGAGUUUGGGAAGCCAGUCUUCACCAUGGGUUUCGCCCCUUAUCAAUCGUCUAUUCAUAAUUACACUUUUAUUAUGUAAGUAUUUUAGAACAGAGAUACACAUUAAUUUUGGAUAUUGUAGGUGAGGUAGAGUUGAGCAGCUGGGAAAGUGAUGAAUCCCUGAUUCUGUGAAUUUGAAGCUGUUGUUGGGCAUUAACUAUUAAAUAAAAUAAUGAUGGAGUUAAAGAUA